AUGUACUACUUCGCGCCUCGACCAAAUGGUGCAUUCAUCGAAGACUGGGAGCAGCCCACAUUCGACGAAGGUCCUCAUUCGCCUCCCAUCCGCAAUCGGUUACGACCACACUCACGAAGCCGCCGUACCCAUCCCUCAGGCGCUUCUCUGAGAGUUGGUUUCGCUCAACAGCAAUACGACGACUCCGACCCAUUCAACGGCAAUGGCUUCUCCAGCACUCGCGAUCGGCCCCCAACUCCAUAUUUCAUCGAUGCUCAACACUCCCGCCCCUCGUCGCGCUCAACCAAUGCUUUCUGGCCCAGUCCCGCUCUAUCAGGCGACGCGUCUAGUUUGGCGCUCCUCCUCGACCCGUCGAAAAUCGUCGGAACAGACACGACUCUCCACGCGCCAUCUCACCCUCUCGCUCUCGCUCAACAUCUCGAUCCUCAACACCAUUCCUGCCAAGCCCAGCUCUGUCCGACUCGGACACCAGCUACGACUCUCCAGAUCUUCCAAGCCGCUCCGACUCGACACGUGGCUCGGAAAGGCGAUCAACUCAGCCGGCCAGGACGAUACCUGCCGAUCUACUCCUCGCGCGUGGCAGAAGCCGCAGCCGCAGCCGCAGCCGAAGUCGUCAUCGAGGUACGCGUCGCAACGCAGAAAACCGUGCCAGCACUCGCUACGACGCUCCUGAUCAAAGUCGUAGUCGUGGUCAGAGCCGUCAUCGUCAUCGUCUCUACACCCAGGACGAAGCCAUUCGUCGAUCAGCAGACGAGCGUGAUCGAAAUUUUCGGGCAAAUGGACAGCGCUGGGAGAGGAGGAAUGCGGUUUCGUAUCAUUAGUCGUCGAAUGAUGGAGAUGAGGAGGAGAGAUGGCGUAGAAUGA